AUGCCAAGAUCAUUCGUGAUUCACACAGGCGUUCGAGCGAGCGAGAGAGAACCACCUCUGGUUGGUACUGAUCCUACGCUUGCUAUGCUUGCGUACGUAACGAACACACCGAGAAGAACAUCAGAGAAGCAAACGACAAAAUCGAGCAACUUUUCUCCGACUUGUCUUGUUUGCUAUUGCCCGAUGUUCUCGUCGUCAUAUUCAUCCAAGCGAUGUGUUGAAAUGUCCCCUAAUUCUUGUGAGAGCAGUGUAUUUAUGCGAAACGUUCAAACUUUCAAGGAAGAUUAACUCUUCGCUUCACUUCGUCGUAAAACUUCGUUGUAAAAUGUACAUAGACACUGUGUUCUUUCGUAACGAGCAAAACAAACCGUACGUGUCACACCUGUAUAUCCCGAGGAUUUUGUAGCUUUAAACUAAACCCGCGAGUGCGUGUAAACAGGCGCGGUUUAUCACCAAUGGUAAAUUACAGUGUAACUACAAACACGAUCUUCGAACGAAGAUCUGAAUUGUUUGUCGGUAAAAGAGAAUACCGACCGAGUGACUUAUGUUGCGUUCAUCAACCUUGAACAUGUCCGUCAUUUGCGUCUUUUGAGAAUAAAGUUAAACAGAUAUUUGCCAAUGUAAUUUGAAUCUAGUUAAUAUUAUUCCAAGGUUACGUUGUUGCGGACCGUUUCUAUCUCUGUUGUUGCGUAUCGCGAAAUUUUCAAUGACGAAACUCGCGUCAAUUUUCAAUGUUGAAAAUUAAAUUCAUCCCUCUGAAACGCGUUUCUUGAUAAAAGGAUAAAGGGAAAUCUUUUUCAAAAACAACGGUGUUACCUACGUGUGCGUCAGAGAUUUCUCGAUGAUCACACGUAGCAUGUGAAAGCAAAUACCUAUAUGCAUACACACAUACAUACAUGC